ACACGUACACCAGGCUUGUCUCCGUAAUGUGGGAAGGAAUAAAAAACUACAUCUCCCAUCAUGCCGCGGGGAGUGACGUCACUUCCCUGUGCGGCGCGCCAGUCUGUGUGAGGCCAGGCAUCUGGGAGUGCGGCAUGGCGGGCUCCCUUGCUAGCUCCUGUGUUCGAGUGGAUCCCCGUUCUUUGUCCGGUGCUGUGAGUGAGCCAAUGCACCUGCUGCCCUGCCAGAUCCAGAGAGAGGGGGCCGCUAAUGUGAAGGGGUACUUCGCCCCUGCUGUGAAAGAUAGAGAAGGAGGGAAAGAAGUAUCCUUUAGGGGCCGCACACUAAAGGGGCAAGAGGUUUCUGUACCGUCUGGUUAUAUGGGUGUUGUGCUAAGGGAGGAUCAAAAACCUUGUUCUGAAGAAGAGGAUCGUUUAUUCACAGUUAAAUCCACCUUCCGCUCCUUUACUCAGUGGAACCUCGAGACACCACCUUCAGCAGAUGACGUCCUUAUAAUGUCACUAAUAUGGCCAAAAAUAGCCGCAGCGAUCCAUGCGCCAGUUGAGUAGGAGGUCUCUCUGGCUGAGGAAGAAAUUUGUCAUUAUUACCAUGUUCUUUAUUUCAUUAGAGCUUGACUUUGAAACAAAUGAUGAUUGUAUUGUGACAUCCAUGUUUUGCUCUGCCUAUAAUCAUAACUCUUUAAAUCAAUGAACAUUUCAAUUACCUUUAUACCACAAUAUGACACUGUCUAUAGCAGCAUAAUUAUCCAUUGACUGGAAGCUUUUUGUAUUAAAAAGUUUUAUUUACAAUAUAUAUUUACAAUGCACAAUUCCAGCUUUGUUUGUAUUUCACUGUCCUGCUUUCCUUCCCACUUUCUAAAAGGGGUGGCUAGAUCACAUCUGUACCAUCUCAGCUACUACUGCCACAAAUAUAUACAUACUUUUAACCUGUUUCUGAAUUAAAAACCUUGUAACCACUGAAUAAACAUGCAGAACAGCACUGCCCAGUGUUGCCUGCAGCAGUGCUAUACUGUAACAUCUGGAAAAACAAAGAUUCUAUUCAAUAUUCACUUCCCCUGGAGGGGUUACAAUGGUUAGUUAGUAUAUAAAACAAGCAUGUAUAAAGACUGUAAUAGUUUCCUCCAUCAGGAAAUCUGACCAGAAAUGGUUGCUGUCUUGGAACUAGUGCCAUUUCAGCUACUAGAAUGCAUUUUAUAAAUAAAUCCAAAUAUUUGGCACUG